AUGGGGCAAGCACUUUCAUAUCUUAGCAUCAGUGUCAGCACAAUCGACAAGACCACCAUUCCGACGUUUGUGAAGCCACCAACAGAGUUGAAUAUCGAAUAUGUCUUUGACUUCCACUUGGAAAACAAUCCUACAUACACCGCCUUCCAGCACCCAGAUAGCACGCAGUCUGGUACCAUGCGAUAUUACACCUAUGCGGAGGUCGUCCCUGCCAUUCAUCGCGCAGGAGGUCUCAUUUCCACAUCAAUAGGAAGGCAGGAUAUUCAAAGUGAUACGUCCCCAGUGGUCGCUGUUUUCGCAGAGAUCAAUAACCUGACAUAUGCUACGCAUCUUCUGGGUCUUCUUCGUGCUGGGAUUACCGCCUUCUUGAUAUCACCACGCUUUCAUUCUACAGUCGUUGCCGAAUUACUGAGAAUGGCUAGACCGACUCAUGUCCUGGUUAGCGAUAAUUUACGAGAUAUCGCACUACAGGCAGUAUCAGAUAUGCAUGCGACGAAGUCAUCCAGCGAUGAAGUUGUUCCGGUUGUCGUCGAUUUGCCGCCUCAUGAAAAGCUGUACCCAGGUCAUAACAGCUUCGACAGACUCCCUCGACACCACGAGAAUUUCUCCAAGAAGUCCCUAAUCGUUCAUUCAUCAAGCUCCACGUCUUCGUGUCCUAAGAUCAUUCCAUGGACAUCCAAUUACAUUCGGGCAAACUCUAUCGGUAUUGCUCCCUCUAAAGAGUAUUCGGAUGUCAACUUCGAAGGAAAAGUACUAGGUGGACAAUCGGCUGAGUUUUUCCACACUGCAGGGUUAUACAUCCUAUUCGGAAUGCCACGAGUCGGAUUCAUAAUGGCUGUUAUGCCUCCUGCUGAUCCUCGUGCUGUAAUACCCGCCAAUAGAGACAUGGUUUACGAGGGGUACAAGCAAAGCCAAAUUGAUAUUGGCUGGGCGUCACCACGUUUCCUGGAAGCAUGGUCUAAAGAACCCGAGAACAUCAGCUACCUAUCUAAUUUGGAUUGCAUAAUCUAUGGCGGCUCCGCACUUAGUAAAGCAGCGGGAGACAAGCUUUCCUCCCAUGGAGUCAAGCUUUGUAACGCAUACGGAGCAACCGAGGUUGGGGCAAUUAGCAAAUUUGUCUCUGAGCCACAAACAACUGACUGGGAGUACUUCAACCUCAAUCCUGGGAUCAACUACGAGCUUCUUCCUCGUGAAGACGGAUUAUUUGAGGCUGUCAUUGUGUACCAAAAGGGUUAUCACGAGAUACCUGUCUGCGAGGUAGAAUGGAAAGGGAAACCGGCAUAUGCUUGCGGAGAUUUGCUUACACCUCAUCCUAUCAAACGUAAUUUUUACAAAGUGGUAGGCCGGAACAAGGACAUGAUUCUACUAUCUUCAGGCCAAGCGGUCAAUCCGGUUUACAUUGAGGACGCCCUUCGUGCACAUCCAGAUAUCAAAGAUGCAGUUAUAUUUGGACAGGGGAGGCCUUUCCUCGGUAUAUUGGUUUCCCCAAAUCCUUCAGCGCCCGUCCUGGGAAAGGACAGAGAGGCUAUGUGCGAUCGUAUUUGGGCCGUGAUUGAGGAAUACAACAAGACACUUCCAGAUUACUCACGUCUUAGAAAAGAGGCGUUUUUGCUAUCAGAUGUUGCACGGCCUUUCCUAUACGGAGAAAAGGGUUUAUCUAAACGGUCUUUGAUCUUAGAUGAGUACAGAGAUGAAGUUGAGAAGUGCUAUAUGAAUCUUCUUUAA